AUUUUGUGAAAAUCUGUCAAAGUCAAUGUUACGUCAUUGUUACUAUUGUCAGUUUUCAGUUUGAAAAUAAUAUAAAUAAAGAAGGUUAUUUCAACAAGCUUGAACAAACGCAUUGUUGUUGAUAUACCUGCCGCGGUUGUAAUCAAAGUACAAGUUUUUUCCAGCUGAAUACAAUUAUAGAAAACUAUAUACAUAAAGUGUUGUAAAACUUGUUUAUGUAUACAAGUACGCUUUGUAAUAUUAUUUGCAAGGCAUAAUUCGUUGUGUAAUAGAUCUGUCCUAACAAAUGGUGAUGGCCACUGGUAGCGUGUGUCACCAAGGUUCUGGCAGUAGCCUGCCUCACGAAAUGGGUGAAGAUACAGAUGAAACCGGUUUGAAGGCAAGCGCGCUCCACGAGCGACUCGUCGCCUACGUACAUGCAUUGGCCGGAGGACACGAGCCGCGCUGCGGCGUGUGGGUGGAGCACUCGUACGCGCGCGCGCGCGGCGCCGCGGCCGGGCCCGCGCACGGCCUGCGCGUCUUGCUGGCGCCGCGCCUCGUCGCCGACUCCGCGCUCGACGUGGAGCGUCUCGAGCCCGCGCCGCCCGACCUGCCCGACGACGACGACGCCCUGCGCUCCUUGCAAGAGGACGACGCCGACUGCGAGCCGGACGACGACUGGGAGGCGCGUCUAGUCGCCGCGGCGCCGUCGGGCGCGCACGCGCGCCUCGCGCAGUGCGUGCUGGACGUCCUGCGCCGCCUGCGCCUGCAGCUGCUGGGCGGCGGGCGCGCGGCCGACGCCGUGCGCUGCGCCGCGCGCCGCCUGCGCCUGGCGCUGGGCGCGGCCGCCGCGCGCCCCGCGCAUGCCUGGCUGCACGCCGCGCUGCAGGCCCAGCUGCCGCGCGGCCCGCGCCGUCUGUACGACGCGGCGCUGGCGAGCCUGCGGCGAGCGGCUCCUCGUCUGGCGGAGCGCGUCGCGGGUGCGCAGGGCCCGGUGGCGAGCGACAGCGCGCUGAGCGCGGUGGGCGCCAGCGUGGGCGCGGGCGGGCCCGGUGCGCCCUGGCUGCUGUGGGUGUCCUGCGGCCGCGCGCGCCAGGACCAGCGCUGGGUGCGCCGCCUGGGGGCGCUGCUACACACGCGCCUGCUGGCGGGGGGCGCGGGGGGCGCGGGCGGCGCGGCGCUGGCGCCCGACGCGUGGUGCGGCGCGGUGGCGGGCGGGCUGCGCGCGGCGCUGGGCGCGGCGCUUGCCGAGGCGGGGGAGCGGCCCGUGGUGCUGGGCGGGGCGGGCCCGGGCGCGGCGCUGGCGGCGGCGCUGGCGGCCAGCUCGCGUGCCCGCGCGCUGCUGCUGCUGGCGCCGCCGCUGCUGACGGCGGAGGGCGAGCGCGACGCGGCGGAGGAUGCGCUGGCGGAGCUGCGCGUGCCGGCGCUGGUGGUGACGGGGUCGGGCGCGGCGCAGUGCUGGCGGGGCGCGGCGCAGAGCUGGCGGAGCGCGGCGCGCGAUCAGUCGCGGCGCGUCCUGGAGCUGCGCGGGGCGGACGACUGGCUGCGUCUGGCGGCGGGGGCGCGGCGCCGGCGCCGGCUGGCGCAGGACGCGGUGGACGCUGCCGUGGCGGAGAAGGCGGAGCGCGUGAGGGAACUAUCCUCCUUGCGCCCCAGCUGCCGCAGUAGGCGACAUCCAGGCGUCGGGGAUCGAGACAUUGACUCCGGCCACCGUAUACCGAAACUGCGGACGGCGAGUAAGGGUAGCUCGCAGCCCAACCAGAACUAG